AUCAGUAACGCGAAAAAUAGUUUGAAAGCAGAAUCACGAUUCAAAUCCUUUAAUAACAAUGAGUGAGUGCGUUAAAGAUAAAGCAAACGACAAGAAGGAGCUCGAUACCACCGAUAAAAAAACUUACGCCGGUAUUCCUGAAGCAGAGUUUGUGGAUGAUGUUGACUCUUUUAUGGCAAAGCCCGAAAACAAUGGGAAUGUGGAAAUGGUUCUUAGGAAAUUAGAUGAAGCCCAUAGUAAAUAUAAGUUUAUGGAAUAUAAUUUGGUGAACAAGAGAAGGAAGCUCAAAGAUCAAAUACCUGAUCUACAAAACUCAUUGAAGAUGAUCAACAAACUUAAAGUUGAAAAAGAAAAUAACAGAGAAAUGCAAACACAAUUUGUUUUGUCAGAGCAAAUUUAUGCCAAAGCUGUCAUAGCUCCAACUGAUAAAGUAUGCUUGUGGCUUGGAGCAAAUGUCAUGCUGGAGUAUUCUUUAGAUGACGCACAUGUAUUGUUAACUAAUAAUAUUGAGUCGGCUACAAAAAAUCUUGGAUAUAUCGAACACGAUUUGGACUUUUUGAGAGAUCAGUUUACUACUACUGAAGUGAACAUGGCUAGAGUUUACAACUGGGAAGUCAAGAGGAGGAAUGCUGGAAAAACAGCAUGAAAAUAUGAAGUAAAUUAUUUAACAACUUGUCAAGCAAGCUCUGCUACAGUUUAGGCUGAUUAUUUUGCAAUUUUUCUGUAUAUUGUAUGUAUGAACUGUUAAAGCACUCUGCUUAGUGAGAUAAUUUUUUAUCAACAAUAAAUGAAUGCAAACAAUAAAA